UCAGCAAGUGCUGAUGCUGGUUGGCAGGUGCUGUCUGGCUGUGUUUGCGGUUGCUUCGCGUGUAUUUAUCCGUCGCAUAUGACGGUCUGUUUUCGCUUUCCGACUCGCAUCUGGUGAUUCGCGAGCAGCCACGACAUCAUUUACAUCGCGUAUGCGUUACGACUUCCAGAAAAAUGCAGUACCAUUUGCCACUAUUUUUAGUAGCUUUAAUAAUACAAACAUCGGUCGCACCGCCCGUCACGCAACAAAAAAAGGAUGGAGAUCACAAGGAUAAGGAGAACGAGGUUGACGACAUGGAUAUGGGAAUUGAUUAUCAGAUAGAAUAUCAGAGAUAUUUGAAGGAAGUGGUACAAGCUCUGGAAAGCGAUGAGGAUUUCCGUGCGAAAUUGGAAAAGGCUAAUGAAGACGAUAUACGUACGGGAAAGAUAGCGCAUGAACUGCAAUUCGUGGAUCACAAGAUCAGGACGAAGUUGGACGAACUGAAACGAGAGGAAUUGGAGAGACUGAGACAUCUUGCUACCAAAGAGCAUAAUCUAAUGAAUGGUCUGGAUCUAGAUCAUUUGAAGAUAGCGGAGCAUUUGGAUCACUCCAACAUGCAUACGUUUGAGAUAGAUGAUUUAAAGAAAUUGAUUGCCAAGACUACGAAAGACUUGGCAGAAGCUGAUAAAAUAAGACGUCAGCAGUUUAAAGAAUAUGAGAUGGAAAAAAAAUUUGAGGAAGAACAAAAGAUGAAGGGUAAUACUGAUAUGAAGGAAGAAGAAAGGAAAAAAUAUGAAGAAGAGCUAGAAGCGAUGAAAAAGAAACACAAGGAUCACAAACCAUUACAUCAUCCUGGUAGCAAGCAACAAUUAGAGGAGGUUUGGGAGCAACAAGAUCAUAUGGAGGCCCAACAAUUUAAUCCCAAGACAUUCUUUUAUCUUCAUGAUUUGGACGGUAAUGGUUUUUGGGAUCAAGAUGAAGUAAAAUCUCUAUUCCUUAAGGAAUUAGAUAAACUUUACUCAGAAGGCGCUCCAGAAGACGAUAUCUAUGAGCGACGCGAAGAAAUGGAAAGAAUGAGAGAACAUGUAUUUAAUGAAGCUGAUCUUAAUCAUGAUGGUCUGAUAAGUUAUCAAGAGUUUUUGGAACAGACAAAGAAGCCCGAAUUCCAACGAGAUGAAGGAUGGCAAGGAUUGGACGAGCAACAAAUAUACUCUAAGGAAGAAUACGAAGUUUUCCUGCAACGCAGAAAGGAAGAGAUGCAAAACAUGAUUGCUAAAGGAAUGUCACCACCACCUCCAUUAUCUCCUGAUACUGCACAUCUACCUGUCCAACACGAACAGUUUCCAUCGCAACACCAGCAACAAUUCCAAUCCCAGCAGUAUCAUCCGCAACAGAUACAAUAUCCAGGACAGAUACCACAACAACCAGUAGUCGGCCAUGUGCCGCAACAAUAUCAGGGACAAGUGCCGCAACAAAUCUAUCAGCCCUCGCCACAACAAUAUUAUCCCGAUCAGAUUCCACAGCAACAUCAGUACCAAGCGCAGCAGCCACAGAAUCAAGUACCAGUACUGCAGCAACAUUUCCAGGCUCAGCCACAUUAUCAGGGCCACCCACAGCAGGCUCAACCACAAUAUCAGGGCCAGCCACAGCAAGCUCAACCACAAUAUCAGGGCCAGCCACAGCAGGCUCAGCAACAAUCUCAAGGCCAGCCUCAUCAAGUCCAACAACAACCUCAAGACCAACCUCAACAGAGUCAACAGCAAACGCAACAACAAACGCAGAAUCAAGUGCCACAAAAUACUCAGGGUAAUGCCCCGUCAAACAAUCAAGAGACAGCAUCCAGCCACAAUCUUCAAGAGAAUCCAAAGUCCGCCGAACAUCAAAUUAAUCAGAACAAUAUUCCGAAAGUGCAGAAGGUGUAGAUAAUGCAAAAUGCUGACCAAAUACUUGGUAAAAGUAUUUUCUUUUUUUUUAAUUUGUUUCUUUGUAAACUGUGAAUUGAUAAAAAUAUCGGAUAGUUCUAUGAUUGUUGAUUUUUAAAGAAGCUAUAUAUAUAUUUAAAAAAUUUGCAAUUUUAAAAAGUGCAAUAUAUACAGAUACAUUUUACAUAAAAGGUAUCGAUAAAAAAUAAUUUUAUUUUAAACAUGUAUAUAAAAUAUGUGUGUAUAUAUUGAUAUAUACAAUAUUAAACAUGGUUUUUUAGGCUAUCGAAUUCAUUCAACCAAAGUUGUUCCUAAAUAUGAUAGAACAAAAUCUUUCCAUUGUUCUUAGAAAGUUGUUUCUUUGUUUGUUACUCAAUGAACUUGCAAUUAUUUAUAUUGUAUAAAUGUCUUAAUCGCUUGAAUAAAUCUUUUCCGAAAGAGAAUUUUUUAUCAGA